UAUUAUGCAUAUAUUAUCAAUCAACGGUUCAAAUCAAUCAUGCUUUGAUCGUUGCAAUCAGAUACAUCAACUUGAACUCUUACAGACACUGGACAGUGCCCCCUGCACCAGUGCACCUACAUAUACAGGACCCGUUUCAUUCAAUUUUCUUCCUCAUCAUGAGCUUCGCGCAACCCCUUCCAUCGCCUGGUCUGGCAAGUGGUCGUCGCAGGCCGAAGAACCUUCCGAGUUUACCUCUGUCUGCGUUCAGCCCACCGAGCACAGGGACUUCUGACAUGUUCCCUUUGCCUCCAACUCCAAGUGCGCUCUUUCCAGGCGAAGUCAUUGACGCUCAUCUGCGGUCUGAUGCACUCGAAAGGGCUGGUCUUGAUCUGGCUGGCACUGAGGUCGCGGGUGCUGUUUUAUUGUUAAACGAUCCUUCGAUGCCAGAAGGACUGUUGCAAUCUUCCCUCACGCAAAAUGUUCGCAUACUUUCGGUGGCAACUCCCUUCGAGCUUAGCGCCAUCCCAUCGGAUUAUCCAGAUCACUCAGAGUCAUCUGGAAUUCCCCAGUCUUUCUACACCUCAUACGCAGCUUCGCAUGAGGCACCAGAAGCUAGAUCUCAGGCUAUCGAGACUUUGAGAUGGGCAUUCUCAAACAGCCGUCUCGUUGAUAUUGACGUUCAAAGUGACAUCAUGUCGAAUGUCGCAAAGUAUGAAGCGUUCGAAGACCUUCUCAUGAAAGCCACCGCCGAACUUCCCGGAGACAGGAAGGUCUCCAUAGUUCUUUCCAAUAUAUUACCGCCACCCCAUGACCUAAGCCUGCCGAUCGUCAAGCUCCUUGCUGAUCCAAGUUAUCGCAAUUACCAAGCACACACUGCAUCCUUGUCAUUGUUUCCGAAUCUCUAUGUAAAGUUUACGCCUCCCAUGUGGAAUCAAACCAUACCAGGUCCCGCAGAUCCAACUUCAGAAAUGGAUCAACAUCGUGAAUGGAAACGAAAAAUCAAGAUGUUCAUUGGUCCAGUGCUAGAAGCGUAUGGCUACGAGCGUAUUAUUUUUGGAACCUCGCCUUCCUUUGCUGCACCCUCGCUCCUGAACCCCGCGGACUGGUAUGCACUUGUACGCGAGUCAUUUGCAGAGCUCGCGGUGGACCAGGACGCAAUCGAUGCAAUCUUUAGUUUAAAUGCAAAGAGGAUCUACGGAGGUCCAUAAUGCCCUUGAGGCUGCCAGCUCUGUACAAAAAUUCCCCAUUUUCUUGACUAGUUUUCGUAAUCGAACGAUAUCGAUAUCGUGUAUGCUUUGGUGCACUGGAAUUUAUGAUAUGAAUCAUGUAAAGUACAUACAUUGACCAACAAACAACGUGUUUACCUCGGA